AUGGAGGUUCACUACAUAUCCCAUCUUGUCAGGAAAUGGUUCUCCUGGAACUGGUUCUCUACCGCCAGCGUUCCCAAAUUUGCCGGCAAAACAAUACAGUCGCCGCAACCGCAGGUUGACGACAGUCCGAUUUCUCCAACACCUGGAACAUCAGCUGGCAGUGAAAUUUCACAGCCGAUGAUGUUAGAGGUGCAACUCGACGAAGACGUACUGGUUUUGCUUGGUGAUGCACCUAAGACGGAGACCCCAAUGGGUCCAGCAAUUUAUAAGGAUAUAGCCAAUCGAUGGCAAGACAUACUUGAAAAAGGCGUGAAAGAAAGUCUUUUGAAGAAUUAUCUUAUACCCUCCAACUAUGACCUCCUGAUGGCACCAGCUCUAAACUCGGGGAUUAAAGCAGCUGACAGAGACCACUAUAAAACGAGACUCUACCACCAGCAACAGUGGUUAUUUAAACUACCUAAACCAACAUCGCAAGGUAGACAACAAAUUGCAGCCGCAAAUGUACAACACAAGGCGAGGGCAGCGGUCAACGCCGCGCCCGCGGGAGGCACCGCAGCAGGCAGCCAGCACUUCACGCCGCCCGCCGUCAAUCAAGUCGACGAUGUCUCGCCGGACAUAGACGAGGUACCAUUUUCGGGACAACUUCAGUACUUUGACAAUAAAUGA